AGUCGCAAGCUCUUUUUCCAGAAUGAAUCCCUUCUAUUCUGGUUUUACUCCUCAGUAUCCUUAUUCUCCUCUAAACAACUAUGCAUGGAACAUUCAUCGACAACCCACGAUUGAGAGAUAUCGAAAUCAAAUUAACUAUGGCCGGCAAAAUAUGCUUCAUGGAGGUUUAAAUCACAGCCAUUUUAAUUUCGGUGAUCCAACCCCUCCGUAUGGUUUGGGUUUUCCAAAUGAUGGUGUUCCUGCUGCUAACUUCUUACUGCACCAAACUAUUAGACAAAGUAAUCCUUUUGUGCCCCCAAGCUUCCAAGAUGAUGACGUCAGAGCUGCUAGCUUCUUACAGCACCAAACUGGUAGACCGAUUAAUCGCUUUGCAACCUCACCAGCACGGCCCACUAAUCGUGUUGUUGCAAGCUCACGAGUACGGCCAACUAAUCCCAUUGUAGCUCCCCGAGCAAGACCAUUCUGGUGUAAAAUUUGUGGGGUUUGGUUGAGUAGUUCCAAAAACAUAGAAGAACAUAACAAAGGAAGGAACCAUCAGAAUAUGUUGAGAGGACAUAAGCAUAAGUUGAAAAGACAUGAGAAGUCCGAGGAACUUAGAGGUAUAAGAAGACGAGAGAGGGAGCAGGUGCCAAAUACCCUUGGGAAUACAGUAGAUCGGUCUAAGACAGUUCAGAAAUCCGAGAGAAGAAUUUCUGUUGAAAGGCAGCACAAAGCAAAAUUCAUGGUGGAGACUUCUAUUGUUCCAUCUGAAAAUGCUGAAGGGGAAUGUAAGGAUAAAUCUGUAACCAGGGUUAAUGACUCCAAGAGGAAAAUCGGAGGAGCUAAUGGAGGCAAUGAUGAGAACAAGAUUAAGAGGAUAAGAAGGACGAUAGAGGGAUCAAAACGUGAAGAGGAAUUGAGGGAUAACUCUGUUGUUGCAGAGGGCUGUGAUUCAAAGCCAAAAUCUGAAGGAGAAGUGAGGCACAACUCUGUUGCAGAGGGAUGUGAUUCAAAGCCAAAACCUGAAGGAGAAGUGAGGCACAACUCUGUUGUAGAGGGUCAUGAUUCCAAGCUGAAGAUUGGGGGAACUAGUGGAGGUAAUGGCAAGAAAAUUAAGCUGAGAAGAAGGGUCAUCAAAUCAUCAAAAUCUUACACCAAAGCUCCAUCAAAUUGUGCAAAUGCAGAGUCUACCCCUCAAGUACCUACAGGGACACCACCAGAGCAGCCUAUGCCACUGCAGGUACUCUUACCAGUACCAGCAGUGGGAUCAAAUUCUGAACCACAAAUUCAACCUCUUGUACCAGCUAAUUCGGAGGCCAAUGUAAAUGACAAGAGUCCCAUUCUUACGGAUGAAACAAAUGUUCAAUUGCCAUCAUCAAUGUCAAUGGAGUUCAAUGCUCCUGUAAAUUCUAGCGUUAACAAUGAAAUUUUAGAUAGAAGUUGCAAAGUUGAAGAAAAGAUGGAAGUACUUGACAUCAUUCCUCUGUCAAUUUAUGUGGAGUCUACAGUCCAAGUACCUUCAGCAUUACCACCACAGAAGCCUGCACCAUUAUUGGAACUCUCACCAUUACCUCCGGAGGGAUUAAAUUCUGAACCACUAAUUCAACCUUCUGUACAAGUUGAAGCGGAACAGCAAGCAUCCGAAGACAAUGUACAUGAUGAGAAUCAAAAUCCGAAGACAAAUGUUUAUCUUCCAUCAUCAAUCUCAAUGGAAUUUGAUGCUCCUGCAGAUUCUAGUACCAAUACUGAAAUUUCAAAUGAAAAUUUCAUAGCCAAAGAAAAUGUGGAAGUCACCACCAAAUUAAACAUAGCAUCAGUUCAGGAAAAUAUUUGUUUUGUAUGCGGCGAUCGAGGCUUUGAGGAGGCAUUGGUUUAUUGCUACAAGUGUCAAAUAUGGGCACGACAUAGGUAUUGUUUAGACGGACCUGUGAUAUUCACCAAGCAAGUUAUAUGGUUUUGUGAGGAUUGUAAACCAACGGUAGAAGAUACAAUCCAAACCAGUAUGGAAAAAACCAAUUUCACAAAGCAAAUCGUGGAGAAAAACGAAUUUAAGAAAGGGUGUCAACCUGCUCUGAAAACUGUUAAAAACACUCAUGUCGCUGAUCUUAAUCUCGUAGAAUUAAAAGAUCAUGUUAAAGCACAACCUGUUAAUGAUCCAAUUUGGAGAGGAAGUCUUUACGUCCACAACAAAAGUAUCAAUUCCAUCAUCGCUUCCAUCAGUGGACUUUUUGUACAUUUGUCCGAUCUAGCUUGCUCCCUUGUUAGUGAGGAAACAAGACGCUUUCCAGGGAAGCUAUCCCUGGACUUGUUUCAAAGACGUGCAGUGUGGCCAAGUCGAUUCUUGAAAUAUGAGAUAGAUCAAAACAGCAUUGCACUUUAUUUAUUUCCUGAUGAAAGAUGUGAAAGGGACUAUGACAAGUUAGUUGAUGACGUUAUUCACUCUGACCUUGCCAUGAGGACUGUGCUUGAACAUGUAGAGCUCCUAGUUUUUCCUUCCACCGUGCUUCCGAUAGAAUACCGGAGAUUUAAAGCAAAGUACUACUUGUGGGGAGUCUUCAAAGCAAAGAAAACUUAAAUCUAAUACAACAAAGUGAUGUGGUGUGUAUAGAGAUCAGGCGUUAAACACUGGUUCAUAGAGUAGUUGAGAAAGAGUCCUUCUUCUAACACACUUUAGUUUUUUGGCUUAUAAGAUAAUAAGUUAGAAGUUAUAACCAUGAUCUAAUCAUGCAUGUGAUAUAAUCUGUACAGUUAGUCUUCAAGCUUUUUUAAGAACGUAGCAGGUGUAAUAUGUAUGUUUAUUUAUUUAUUCUGUUUAUUUUGAUGUUAGAAAUCUUGUGAAGUUGGCAUUAGUGCUAUUAAAAUAUA